CUGAUCGGAAUGCAAAUUAAAUAUAAACUGUAACUGUUGAUAAGAUAUAGAAAACUUCCACUUCUACUAACAUCAAUCUUCUAAACAAAAGAAUUGAACUUUUGUCCUCCUCAAUUGGCAUUUAAUUCAAAAUAUCCUCAAAAUUAGAGCUUUUUAUUGAUUAGAAACUGGAGUGAAAAACUCUUCGCGACGAGAAUCAAUAUGGCGUCGUCUAGCAGCUCCGGUGGAGCUUCUUCUUCAAGAGGCCGUCUGAGUGGGUCCGCGUCAUCAAACAAUGAGCGUGAGAAAGAUGGCAAAGAACAAAAAUCGACACCAAAAAUGUCCAAAGCUCUUAACACUAGCAUGAAACGCAUUCAAAAGGAGCUAGCAGAAAUAACCCUUGAUCCUCCUCCGAAUUGUAGCGCCGGACCGAAAGGUGAUAAUUUAUAUGAAUGGGUAUCAACUAUAUUGGGACCGCCUGGAUCUGCCUAUGAAGGAGGUGUGUUUUUCCUAGAUAUUCAUUUCUCACCUGAAUAUCCAUUUAAACCCCCUAAAGUGACAUUCCGUACCAGAAUUUAUCACUGCAAUAUCAAUAGUCAGGGUGUGAUUUGCUUGGACAUUCUCAAGGAUAACUGGAGUCCUGCUUUAACUAUUUCUAAGGUACUUUUGUCGAUUUGUUCCCUAUUAACUGAUAGUAAUCCUGCUGAUCCUUUGGUUGGUAGCAUCGCAACUCAAUAUCUUCAACAUAGAGAAGAACAUGAUCGAAUUGCUCGAUUGUGGACCAAGCGUUAUGCCACAUAAAAAGCAUCAUUCCAUAUUGUGACUGAUAUAUUAAUUUUCUUUCAUCUUGCAAACCUUAAAUUGUGCUCUUCAAGUCUGGUAUUUUGGUUUCUUAGUAUAGUAAUCUUGUUUUGAUUAAAAUUUUCAUUUUGAACUAUUGAAAUUGAACUUUAACAACACUUUUAACGAUUCAUCUGCAUUGAAAAAUGUUAUUUAUACUAUGAUAAUUAAAUUUAUUUAUUCAUUUCUAUAUUUUUAUUAGUAAUUUCCAAUUAUAUAAGUUUUUUAAAUAAUUAUAUGUAUUCGAACAUAUUGGUUAAAUUUAGUUGAUGUAAUUAAGUAGGUAAUUAUUGCAAGUCGAUGAACAGUUAUACAAGAUUCCUUUAAAAAGGGGUUUGCUGCAUUAGAUAUUCUUUUGAAAAUUAACAAAAUGUAUUUGUUAUUUUUGUGUUUAAAUAAUAAAUUUUUAUUUUUCACUUUAAAUCCUUAAAGAAUACUUUUUACAGUAAUAGGGUUUAGGAAGUAAUUUAAAUUAAACCUGUUAGUUUAUAUUGGUCACUUUAUUCUUUAAGAAUUCAUUUCAUCAUAUAAGAAAUCUUUGAGCACAAAAUAAGCAUAUUUCAAAUUUUUUGUGUAAAUUUGAACAAAAAUUUCAUGUCUUUGUAAUAAAUGUAAUUUAUUUUGACCUAGGAUAACAAUUCAAAAUCUUAUUUAAUUUUUUUAUGCAUUACAUUUACUUCGCUCUGUUUUAAAGUAAAAUUUUUCACUAUAUUAAAAUGUUAUUUUGGUAUGAUAAAUAUUUUAUGCCACUAAAACAAAGGAAUUUUAAAAAGAUUGGUUUAUUUCUUGUUGGAAAGUGACAAGUCAUUAUUUAUUAAAAAUGAGUGCCAAUUCUUUAUCAGGGUGGUAUUUUGUGUCUGUGACGUCAAGACAUUACAAUAUUCUUCCAUCUACUUUUCUUUAACUAAAUAAUUUCAACUUAUUUGUUACUGCUAUCUUGUGCAAUGAAAUAGUUUUUUGAUAAAAAAAAAAUUUGUGAAAUUGUUUCAUAUUUAAUUCUCAUGUCUUACCAGUUAACCUGUAUGCUUUAUAUGUGUUUAUUAUUUUAUAUUGGAGUUAUCCAACUUAUAAAAUUAAAUUAUUUAAAAAUGCCUUAUAUUUGAACUGUUAAUUUCUUCAUGUUAAUGUUUUUUAAAUAUAUAUAUAGUUUUGUUAAUUUUUAAUAGUACAAGAAAGUAAACAAAUAGAUUUUUCAAAAAUUUUGUUGUAAUGUUCAGUUAUGAAGGCUUUCGUGCUAAUUAAAUAUUCUUGGUUGAUAUUUUGUGUAAUUUGUAAUAUUUAGUUUUGAUUAAUUUUAUUAAAAACUGUUGAAUGAUUGUAAGUAUGACAUUAUACUCCUAAAAUCUGGAGAUUUUGGUUACUGUCCAAUUCUUCAUAAAUUACUUAACAAUGCAUUUUAUUAAUGUUGCUUUUUUUAAAAAGUAGUUAAUUAUAUUUUGUUAUAUGUUAAAUUUUUCUAAAUUUAGACUAAAACAUUAUCAAGAAUUAUAUUUAUUACUUAAAAGUAUAAUUAUUUAAUAAUAAUAUUGCAAGGAAUUAAUUUAAAACUUAUGUUUUGAAAUUAUGUAGUUACUGAUAGAAUUCAAUAUAUAUGUUAUAUUUUGUGGCUUGAUGUAACUUCAGUAGUUUCUAUAGUGGCUCUCAACUGUGGAUAUGAAAAUUAAUUCAAUAUACUCUAUUGAAUACGUGUAAUAUGCUUGUGUAUUUAGAAUAAAAAUUUUCUAAAGAAAA